AUGUCGGACGUCAUGCUUACGCUGUCGGAUAUACAACCCCACAGAGUUGAAGGUGACUGCUGGAUCGCAAUCCAUGGCAGUGUUUACGAUGUUAGUGGGUUCUUAAACAGCCAUCCCGGGGGGAAAGCAAUCAUCCUCCGACAUGCUGGCACCGAUGCAACCCGUGCUUUUGAAGAUGUACAUCCAGCUGAGCUUCUUGAUGAAUAUUUGACUUCUGAUCAAGUAUUGGGCAAAUUUGAGUCCAUGCCUCAGCAUCUUAAGCAAGAUGCACAGACUGAGCAUAUUCCCGCUCCUCCUCUGGAUACGAUUUUGAGUAUCGCAGAGAUGGAAGGGCUAGCUUUAAGGCGUCUUACCCCCAAGGCUCUUGCAUACUACGCAUCCGGUACGGAUGAUGAGAUCACAAAAUACGCAAAUGGAAAUAUCUUCAAGUCUAUUCUCCUUCGACCGAGGGUUUUUGUGGAUUGCACCGACUGCUCGCUGUCGACCACUAUAAUGGGGAACCAGGUCGGACUUCCAAUAUUCAUUGCCCCGGCCGCCAUGGCGAAGUUGGCACACCCGUUGGGCGAGAUGGGCAUUGCUGCAGCUUGUUCUCGUCUCAACGUUCUCCAAAUUAUAAGCAAGAAUGCAUCUGUAUCUGUGGCUGAUAUCGUGAGUGCGGGCCCCGAUGCGGUGUUUGCCUGGCAGCUUUAUGUUCUCAAGGAUAUCAAAGCAACAGAGCGGACCUUGGCUCAGAUAAAGGGAAUACCACAAAUCAAAUUCAUUGUCUUGACUCUUGAUGCCCCGUUUCCGGGGAAGCGCGAGGCAGAUGAGCGUUAUAAGGCGGGAGAAGUUGCUGGAGGAGGGCCUGCACAAGUUUGGGGGACAGAAUCCGCCCUUACCUGGCGCAAAACGCUGACAUGGCUUUCUGCCCAGACCGACCUUCCGAUUGUCCUCAAGGGUAUUCAAACUCAUGAGGAUGCGUACAUGGCAACUAUGUUCCCGGCUGUUAAGGGUAUCAUUCUCUCCAACCAUGGGGGACGGGCAUUGGAUACGGCCAACACACCCAUGCAAGUUUUGUUGGAAAUCAGGAAAUUUUGCCCUCAAGUAUUUGAGCAGCUAGAAGUUCUUAUUGAUGGGGGAAUUAAGAGAGGUACAGAUGUUGUCAAGGCGCUGGCUUUGGGUGCAAAUGGCGUUGGGCUUGGCCGGGCCGCGCUCUAUGGCCUAGCUGUUGGUGGAGAGGACGGCGUUUACAGAUCUUUACAGAUUCUCGCGGAUGAGGCAGCGACAGCUAUGAGACUCCUCGGUGUCAGCAGUGUGAGGGAUCUUCGGCCACAGCAUUUCAUUAUUUCCAUUAUGAGUAAAGUAAAGGAAGAACCUACCCUGAAGGAGGUUGAGAAUAUGGAAUCCAUUGAAACAUACGCAGCCAUCAUGGCAGCGCACAAACCGAAUCCCCGAGGUCCAGGCUACAUCAAGCUAUAUAUCCUAUCAGCCGUUAUAUUCCUGUGUUCAACUAUGAACGGAUUUGACAGUUCGUUGAUGGGAUCUAUCAACGCGCUUCCGAACUACAUUAGGUAUUUUGGCUUGUCGGAGAAUGGCAACGCCAGUACUGGCAUUGUCUUUGCUAUUUUCCAGGUUGGUCAAAUGUGCGGUGCACUAUUCAUCUGGAUGGCCGACUGGUACGGACGAACAUGGCACAUUUUCUUCGGCUGUCUGGGUGUCUGCGUCGGCACCAUUGUCACAGCUUUUGCAUCAAAUCUCCCUACUUUCAUCGCCGGAAGAUUUAUUCUGUCAUUCUUCGCAACAUGCGCACAUACUGCUGCUCCCCUUUAUCUGGUCGAGCUUGCUCCACCGGCUUAUCGGGGAACCAUCGCAGGAAUGUAUAACACUUUCUAUAAUGUGGGCUCUGUGUUUUCAACAUCGGCAGUGUACGCAUGCCACAAAUACCUUGCCGACCAGGGUGAUUUGGAUUGGCGAAUCCCACUUUGGCUUCAGAUGGUAUGCCCAGGGCUUGUCUGUCUAGCUAUCAAAUUUUUCCCUGAAUCUCCGCGAUGGCUCAUGUCCCAUGAUCGACACGACGAGGCGAAGGCAAUCAUUGCUACGUAUCACACAAAUGGUGACAGUGACCAUCCGCUCGUUUCACUACAGAUGAGCCAAAUCCUCGCAACUGUCGACCUCGACCAUAAAGCUAGUUGGAAAGACCUGCUGGAUCUCCGGGUGCUUGUUGAGUCCCGUUCUAGCCGUUACAGACUCAUGCUCAACAUUGCCUUCUCUUGGUUCGGCCAAUUCAGUGGAAAUAAUAUCGUAUCCUAUUACCUGCCCAUCAUGCUCAGUGGCAUUGGCAUCACAGACACCAACAUGAAAUUGAUUCUCAACAUCGUGUAUUCGGUCGUUGGGUGGGUUGCUUCCAUCUUAGGAUCACGUCUACACGAUGUUGUCGGACGUCGCAAGAUGCUUAUUACAACCACGGCCGGUAUGGCAAUUUGUCUGGCAAUCGUAGCAGCGUGCUCCGCCGGCUACACUGAGUAUGGCAACACGACGGCAUCGACCGUUAGCAUUGUCUUCAUCUUCCUCUUUGGUUCAAUCUUUGCUUGCGGCUAUACCCCAAUGCAGCCUAUAUAUCCCGCUGAAGUUGUGAGCAACAAAAUGCGAGCCAAGGCCAUGGGCACAUUCAAAUUGACGGCCGGAGCCGCUGGGUUUCUCAAUACCUUUGUUGGUCCUAUUGCGCUAUCAAGUAUUGGGUACUGGUUCUAUGUGUUCUUUGUGUUCUGGGAUACUUUUGAGUUGAGCUUUAUAUACUUCUUCUUUGUCGAGACCAAGGGUAUCACACUCGAGGAGCUGGACAUCAUAUUUGAGGCAAAGAACCCACGAAAGGCCAGUGUUGAAGCUGCAAAGGCUAGAAAGCGAAUCAUUGUGGCGGGAAGAACUGAAGUAUGA